GACAGUAACGUUAGCGGUAAGGUAACGUUAGCUGCUGUUAGCAAAUCCAGUGUAUCUUUAUGCCUAGUUUAUUGCCACAUAUAUCCUCAUAACGGGUACAAUCACGUUCUCACCUAAGCACUAACUUUGAAAAGCCAUCCCUAACUUUGAUUGAAAAUACUCUAACAGCAGAUUAACUAUUUUGACUAUUGUUCUAUUCCUGAAUUGUCUACAGUAAAAUGAACUUAAAAUAGCCUGAGAAGUUUUCCUACUGCUAUUGCCUAUUUUAUUCCAUCUCUACAUGUGGUUAAUGUAAUUAGCAAUAACAGUAGAUUUACUAAAAUAUUGGCCAGUCGUGUUGGUGAAGUAGUGGCAGAGAAACACAGUAAAUAUGUUGUUUAGACAGUUACAAAAUGCAGUGUGUCUAAUAUUUGUUAGUAGACUGAAAAUCAAACGGUGUAAUAAAUCAGUUACUAGUUCUCAGUAAGUUUUUUUACUAUGCUUAAUUAAGAUAAUUUGCUCUUAAGUUGGCCUGGUGGCUUAUGGAAUUAUUUAAUUACUUUUUUAUAAAGGAUAGUUAUUACAAUUCCAGCCACAGAUAAAUGACAAUUUGUUUAAAUUAGGCUUUUUGCAAUUGUUCAAACUGUAUUUUUUGUGUGUUUCAAAUCAAUUCAAAUUCUUUCUGUACUGAAAGGAUUUAAGUUAGAUGUUUUUCUGAGUAAAUGAAUAGAGCUGAUGUUACUUAAUGCUGCUCUGUACUUUUCUGGUUCAGUAAAACCAUGGGCUGUCGUUAACAAUUAAUGCCUCAUUUUAAUUUCACAGUGGAAAUAAUCCUUAUAUAUUUAAUUCUCAUUUGCAGAAAUGACAAAACCCAAACUUCAAGCAGCGCUUUCAACUUUGACUUCUUAAUGAUGACAUCCCUGCAAUGCUCUUGCUUCUCCACUCAACGCCUCUGCACACACUCUCAACUUGAUCUGAACGAUUACCUGCUUGAUGAAAAACUUACUGAUGACCUCCAAAAUGCUGAUGACUUGCUUGCUGAGCUGCAGAAAGAGAAGGCAGCACUACCAGCUAGGACAUCCACGUCAAACGUCAGAUGGAGAAAAAGAGACAUUGAUGGGAAUGUACUCUUUGCAAGGCCAAGGUCCUGCAGGAAUCAGUCAGAAAAAGCUGGUGAUGAUCACUUGCCUAAUCCUCCCUGCAACACUGCUGAUCAUGGCCCUAACUCUGCUUCAGAGACUGCUUCAAAGACCAUCUCUGCUGAAUGUCUUGUGCAAGAUCUACAGUACUCCUUGAGUGUCUCUGACGAUGAGAUACAAGAAGCUGCAGUAGACCAGGGAGCUCCUCUAGCUUCUUUGGAUUGGAGCACUCGUAAGGCUCUCUUUUUUGACAGAUGGAGGGCAAAGAGACCUUACCUUGUCAAUAGCAUGCUGGCACAGGGGAACCAGGCAACAAAAAUCUGCAGUCAAUGUGGGAUCAACUGUGCAAGUGUCAGAUGCAGAGACUGCUUACCAUGUCCAUUCCUCUGCGCUGAAUGCGACAUCAGCCGGCACAACAAAACCUACAUCCUUCACAACCGGGAUGCCAUGUGUGCUGGAUUCUUUCAGCCAUUGCCUCCAACCAGUUGCGUUGUGGAUAAUGCUGUUACACACUGUGUGCGGCUUUUGCCUAUUGAGAUGCCUGUCCAAAUCUGUCGCUGUCCACCAAAGGCAUUGAGGGUCAUCCAAGGAAAGUCAGUUGCUUUGGUCACAAUGAAUGGACGGUAUGAUCUCAACAUGCCAGAGCUAAGCUGCGAGGGAUGCCAGGCUACUUGGACUGCAGAAGUGGAUGACCUUAUACAAAGUGGCUACUGGCCCGCCACCCUCAAUUUUGCAACAGUUUAUGAGGAAGACUUAUUUUUUACUUUUGAGAGCAUGAAGAUGGCAUCACCCGGAAUGUCCUGUCAGGCAUUUCUACGAAUGCUUGAGAAGCGGACUGUUCGCUUUGGCCGUACUGGAAAGCUCUCAUCUGACAGCUUUCAGAAAAGCUUUUUUGAAUGGGCUGCUGUUCAAUAUGAAGUUGAUGCCAUUUGCAAAGAGAAGCAAUUUAGCUGUCCUGCCUGCACUCCAGCAAUGCUUGCCGUCUCGGUUGACGGAAACCGCAAACUUUAUCGUUUCAAGAGUACAGCAAGAUCAGAGGAGCGGCCGAUCUUUGAUGGUGUUUUCAUUGCUAAUGAUGAAGAUGUGACUAGAUUUGUGGACCAAGUACACACCAAAACCAAACAUGUCACUGGAAAGGGCAUUUGUGGUGGGGAGUGGUUGGCGGCCCGAGAGACUUCCUGCAGAUCUAGGAGUAAGGUGGAUGAGGAGGGACUGGAGCUGGCAGUUUGCAGGCACGGUGUCUUGCUGUCUGCCCUUAAUAUGUUUAGGGGUGAAAUAUAUGCAUACCCCAUGUUCUUACAGAACCAGCUUGCGCCCAAGCACGACAUAACCUUCUUCUGUAUGGAUGUUGCAUGUAAAUACUGGCCCUACCUACAGAGAGUUUGUUUGGACUGUCCAGAGCUCCAGUCUCUUCAAAACAUGAGGCCCUUCCUGUCGGUUUUGCAUGCUAAAGCCCAUGACUUCAAAUGUGAGGUUAGUGUAGUGCACAAUAUUCUUAUGCAAUGACA